UACAGCAAGCAUAGCAACGGUGUUUGGCAAAUCACUGCUAACGCAAAUUUGAUUCAGUGAAAUGCAUUUAGAUUAUUGUUAUGGCGUGAUUAAAAUGUAAAAAGAACAGAAUUUAGCCCAAGUUAGCUGCCCUGUUUGGCUUUCGUCUGGUUUUCAAGCGAGAGAGUGCUAAAUUAGCUAGCUAACGGUAACCGUCUCUUCUUCCAAAGAUGUCUUUCCAGGAGUCACCAUGUCCUUCUUAUGAAGAGGAAGCUUUCUACGUGCAGUGCAGAGCUUCAUAUCUAGCUGUGUUCAGAUCUAGUUUGACAAAUAUCACUUCGAAACAGCAGCUAUGUCGGCACUUCCAGCAGGCUGGUAGAAAUCCAACCCAUGCAACUCUCAAUAAAUACUGGACACCGAGAACAUCCAAAUUGAACUUUGAUGAAUUCUGUGAGAUUCUUAAAAGUGAAAAGAAAACUGAAGAAACUGGGCUGAUGAGAGCCUUCAAAAAGAUGGAUGUGGACAGUGAUGGCUACAUUUCACACAGUGAACUGGAGAAGGCUCUUACCACUAGAGGAGAAAAAAUGACCACUGAAGAAGUGAAUGCUAUUUUCUCAUUGGCUGACGUCAACGAAGACGGCAAACUGGACUAUGCAGAAUUCUGCAGAUUGCUUGUGUCUACAGUAGAGCAUUGUCAGGUGGCUGCUUUGGAGAGGCUCGAGGCUAAUGCCAAGCUGAAGAGACAAAACUUUGGCAGUCAGUCAUACAGCCCUCCAAAGAGCUCAGCGUCAUCAGCAUCAUCAUCAGCAUCAUCAUCAGCUGCACAAGCGUCAGCGACACUCCCUCAGCCUCCAGAAACACCCCGGGCAGAAUCAGACACGACACUCAAGAAAGACAGCCGAUCAUCCUCUCGUCCUUCUUCCGCUCGCAGCAGACGGUCGUCCCUGUCCAACUCGAUCACUAUGACUUCCAACAGCACUAAGGCCAGCAAAAUACCAGAGCCUUCAGGCUUACAGGAGUGGCAUCACAGUGAUAUGAAGGGAUGUUUCUUCUUGGAGGACGACGAGAGCAUCAGCUCUCUGCAGUACCAGCUCCACGUCUCCCAUACAACCAACGUCUACCUAACCAUCCAACCACUCGGCCUCAGCCACGGACCCGAUAAGCCUUCUUCCUGGAUGACAGUGGACACAGCUCUUUUUGUCAUGUCAGCUGGUGAAACCAAAGAGGACUCAGCUUUAGUGUGUUUCACUGACACAAAGGACAAAGAAAAGUGUGUCUGGAAAGGAGAAUUGAAUGCUGGGACUUACUACCUGCUUCCCUUCACUAGUGGCUGCAAACUAAAGAAAAGGAGCAAAAAGAGCCUUUCUAAUAAACCUGUCGAGCUUGUCUACAGGACUGACACUGGAGAACUAGACCUCACCAGGGAGCUCAGGGAGGUGCUGUCUGACAUCUUUGAGGUGAUAGACCUGGAUGGGAAUGGUUUGCUCAGUCUGGAGGAGUACAACUUCUUUGAGCUGAGGACCAGUGGAGAGAAAUGUGACAAGGAUGCCUGGGCUGUGUGCAAAGAGAACUUUGAUAUGAGGAAGAACCAGCUGACACGGCAGGGCUUCAUGGAGCUGAACCUGAUGGAGGCCACAGAGAAGGAUGGAGACCCUGCAGACCUGUGGGUCACCCUUGAAGCCAUGGGCUACAACCAAAUGCUGGAGCUAGUAGAGUCUUGUCCAUUCCAGUUGGAUGUACACUGUGAAGGCACUCAGCCAUCCAUCCAGCCCCUCAGUAUGGACUCGGGACCCAAACUUCUGAAUCAGGCCCUCCAGAAGUCCAUCACAGCCAAGACGGGGGCCAAAGCACUGAGGGGACAAGACAACGUCUUCAUCUACAUCUACCGAGGAGAACACAGGAUCUCGUCCCUCAUAGCCAACAAGGCCAACCAGAAAGUGACUGUCCAUGUAAACAAUGAGCAGAGCAGGAACUGCUGCAGCAGCAGAGGCAUGAGUGUGUUUGCUGUCGAGGUGCCAGCCAGGACGAAGAUGGUGUGCCAACACAUCCUGCCCAUCAAUGAGAGACAGGAUUGGACCUACAACUGUGUGGAGACCAUACUACCCGGCACGUAAAGCUGUACUCCCAACACUCACCUAUGCUAGUGAUGGGCAAAGUUUAUUCAUAAAACCAGUGGUUUCAUAUAGGAUACACAACAAAUAGAAACUGUUCUAUAUCCACGGGCAAUAUGAAAACUAUUCACUGUCAUUACUGUAGCUAACAAGGUCCAAAAGGAACAAUCAUUUCAACUUUUAGAAGCUCCGUGUUUAAAGCUUACCUGUGUGUUUUUGUAAAGCCUCAUGUGUCAGACAUCAGGAGCUGAGACCCUCUGGCUGCUUGUGUUUCAGAAGCUUAGUGACCCGAUGCAUCAGAGGUCUUAAUGUCAGCAAGGGAUGGUCACUGUAGUCAUAAAGUACCGUACAACUUGUAGUAGUUGUUACUGCUUUUCUUGUGCCUUUGUAUGUGUGACAUGUUUCUGUUUUGUAGAGAUUUUCAAAAUUCACUUUAAAAUAAUGAACAUUUGAAAUGUAUAGAGUGCUUAGAUCAAGAGUUAAAUUGCCAACAUGACAUUGUAUUCAUAAUAUACCCUUUAAAUGACGGUGUAGGUCAUUUAAAUUAUUUUAAAAUAUUAUUGUUUUUUACUAUAUUCAUAUUCAUUCAUCUCCAGGUAGGUUUAUGCAUCGCCAUUUUGGUUCUCCAACAACAUUAUACAAUCACAAUCAAAUUAAAGAGGAUUUAUUUUCAUUUGACAGUUUCACAUUUGUCUUGGGUUUCUUCAUAUGUUUUAUGUUGAUAAACGUAAAAUGUAAAUAUUAUCAUUAAAAUAUUCCGUAACUGA